AUGAUGUUCAUUCCUAUGUGCUUUGAAUCUAAAGGUUUAGGAAAUAUAAUCAAAGAUUCUAAAAUGCAUUAUGAAUGGGAUUUUUGUUUUAGAUCUGAAAAAGAAAUUGAAACACAUAAAGUAAUUUUAAUACAUUCUAAACUUAAAAACAAAAUUUCUUUAAUUCAUAAUGGAAAUAGAAUGUAUCAGGAUAUUUUGUAAUUCAUUAAUACAUUUUAGAAAAGAUAAAUUUUCUUUUUAGUGGAUUAUUGAUGAAUUUUAUAAUAAAGCUAUGAUUUAUUAAGAAAAUAAAAUUUGGAAACUUUAAGUCAACAACAUCGAAUUUAAUGAAGGUUACUCUAAUCUUCAGGAAGAAUUAAUUCAACCUGUUGAUAAUUGA